AUGCAUUACGUUGCAAUCAAGCCAGAUCAACAGCAGUUCCUUCACUAUUUCUUUGACAUUUUGCAUGGUGAAGGUAGAGUUUCAGACGCCUUAGCCAAGGUUUCGCCGGGGCUUUAUGACUUCGUCUAUGAUUGCUAUCGACCAAUGCACUUGCGCAAUAUCUCUUCCGCGGACGUUGAUAAGUUCCUCGCCGGCAAGCCCCCUCUAAGUGAUAACGAGAUUCGCGAACAGCUGCCAAACUGGCUUUACGACAAACUCCCUGCUUUCUUGCCACGACACGCAGACGUUCUCCCUCCGCGCCGCGCCUGGGAUCAUAUGAUCGAGCUUAUGCCGGGGAAGGAACCUCCUUAUUUUAAGAACCGUCCCUUAUCACCAUUGAAACUUGAAGCAGUUCGCAAGUGGAUCGACGACAAUCUCUCGAAAGGUUUUAUUAAAGAGUCAAGAUCGCGAAGUACAGCUUUACUACUCUUUGUAGCCAAGUCUGGCGAAGGAAUACAAAUCUAUCAAGAUUACUGUGACUUGAACAAUAUUACCAUAAAAAAUCGAUACCCUUUGCCUAUUAUUCAGGAGACUUUUGAUAUAUUAUAUAAUACUAAAGUCUAUACAAAACUUGAUAUCAUUGCUGCCUUCAACAAAUUUCGGAUCGCUAAAGACAACAAGUAA